UGCUCGGGUUUUACUUUUAUUUGCCUGUUGUUUUUAACGUGCUGUAAAACGGGGACAGCACACCACUCCCUGAAAACGGGGACGUCUAGUCACCUGAACCCAGAGUCUAUGUUUAGCUGUUUAUGUUAAACGGGUGAUUUCUGGGAAGCCGCUGGCUGCAGCCGUUGUCUCAGCGAAUUGAACCAGCAUACUUUCACUUUCACUCGCGGCAGCAUCCGUGAGAGUGCGUGUCUGGCUAAUUACUUAUGAACAAAGACACACAUUUAAGACGGAAGCAGCCUCGGAAGAUCGGGUUUGUGCGGUUCUGAAUUUAAGGACGGUUUCGUCUGUUCAAACAAAUCGCUUUGCUAACGAGUCAUGGCGUGUGGCGGGUUCAUGUCUGCUCCGGUGUGUUUUAUUGAAAACGAUGAAAAAGGGCAGCUGUGUGUGAGAAAAGAGGCCAAAGACAUUCUGGAUGGGCUCAAUGAGCCGGUGGUGGUGGUGUCUGUGGUGGGACUCUACCGUACGGGGAAAUCUUACCUUAUGAACCGCCUGGCAGGACAACAGUCCGGCUUUGCCCUCGGCAGCACUAUUGAAUCAAAGACCAAAGGCAUCUGGAUGUGGUGUGUCCCUCACCCUAAUAAAGAAGGACACACUCUUGUGCUGCUGGACACAGAGGGACUUGGGGACGUGGAGAAGGGGGAUGAGAAACAUGACACAUGGAUCUUCUGUCUUGCUGUUCUUCUCAGCAGCAGUCUAGUGUACAACAGCUUAGGCGUCAUUGACAACAUGGCACUGGAAAAGCUGCACUACGUUACUGAGUUGACGGAGAACAUUCGUGUGAAGGCAAAAGUGGGUCAACAUGAGGACGAGUCGGCAGAUUUCAUGCGAGUUUUUCCAUCGUUUGUCUGGGCUAUUCGGGACUUUACUUUGGAACUGAAAAGGGGAGAUAAACUAAUAACAUCAGAUGAGUAUCUGGAGGGUGCAUUGAAACUCAAACCAGGUAGCUCACCUCUGACUGUGCAGUAUAACCUGCCCCGUAGUUGUUUGCGCAAAUUCUUUGCGGUGAGGAAGUGCUUUGUGUUCCCUCGGCCUGCUAGUACGCAAAACAUGAGGAGAAUGGAGCAGCUGACUGAGAAAGAGCUGGAGUCAGAGUUCCUUGAGCAGGCAAACACCUUCUGCUGUUACGUCUACAACAAUGCAGAACCAAAAACAGUCACUGGAGGCCGUACAAUUACUGGAACAGCUCUGGGUAAUCUUGCUGAGGUUUAUGUAGAGGCGAUCCGCAGCGGGAAUGUUCCGUGUCUGGAGAACGCAGUGGUGUCUCUAGCUAAGAUCCAGAACGUCCGUGCAGUGGAGGAGGCCCUGCAGCUCUACAUGAUCGAGAUGCUCAGCAUGGCUCAGCUUCCUAUGCGCCCAGAAGAACUGUCCGACAUCCACACAGAUGCAGAGAAGAAGGCCAUUGAAGUUUUCAUCACCAUGUCCUUCAAUGACAAUGAACAGACAUACCAUCAAGAGCUCAUGGGAAAGAUUCAUAAUGAAUAUCAGGAUAUGUGCCAGCAGAAUCAUGAAGCGUCUCGCAUGCAGUGUGAGGAGCUUCUGCGUGAUGUGUUUGAUAAGCUGGAAAAAAGCAUUUCUAACGGAUCAUACUUGAAACCUGGAGGAUACCGACAGUACUGGGACACACUCAGACAUCUGACCAAUGACUACAGAGCAAGAACACACUCACAAAUAAUGAGUGAAGAAGUGUUGAGUACAUAUUUGAGAGCAAAAGAAGAAGCUGGAAAUAUGAUUCUACAAGCUGACCAAUCUCUCAGCACAGCGGAACAGGAGAAUGAGGUGCAAAGACUAAAGAAUGAAAUUCUGGAGCAGCGGCAAAAAGGUCUAGAGGAACAGAACCUGUUACAGGAGCGGGCGUUUAAAGACAUGCAGAGAUCUCAUGAUGAGCAUGUGAAUCAGAUCAUUCAUCAGAUGGAGAGAGAGCAGGAAAGGAUCAGCAGAGACAAUGAACGAGUCCUGGAAGCAAAAUUGAAGGAAAGAGAAGCUCUUCUACAGCAGGGCUUUCAGCAGGAGGCUGCCCGGAUGCAGCGUGAUAUUGACAGCCUAAAAUCAGACAUGAAUAAACAGGAGACGUCCCAACCCUCCACGACGAGGAAGGUUUUGGAUGGUAUCGGCACUGCAGCGACUUUGUUGUUGCCAGGUUUCCUUCCUAAAUUAGCUGGUGUUGGUCUGUCCUUGUUUUCAAAACUAUUUUGAAAAUGGACAUACAUUAUUGACAUAUUUAACACAUACAUACAUGCAUGCAUAUAUAUAUAUAUAGUUUGUUCUCAUAUUAUAUGCCAUAUUAACUGACAAGCGAGCACCAUUUGUUAUGAACUAUGAACAAAGCUGCUGUUAUCAGAGUGACUGCCGCCUUCCAUGUAGUGUUAAAAUGAUUCACAAAAUCAAUGAAUCCUGAUAUAAAUCUUCCUGGGAACCUUCCAGUUAGGCUAUGACAUGUGGCCAAAUUAUGGCCGAAAUCUAUGUCCAGUAACAGCUUUGACAUCAAA